AAACAUACCUAUUUAACAAGUGACGGCGUGUUAGCCUCGAACGUGCGUACUCGACGAUCAUUGGAUCUUGCGCGUACUCGUCGUGCCCUCGCACUUCUCGCCGAUAGAGCUACAUAUAUAACGUGAUAAAUUCAAAAGAGGACCACAAUCGUGACGUUAUUCGACGUUGUACGCGAAAGUGAACUGAUCCCGUUUAUCGUCUGAGUGAUUCCUCAACGCGGACCAUGAGUCUACGAUUCGCGGUCGCCGUUGCCGUUCUGAUCGUCGCGAUCGAGGCGAAGAAAUAUUACAACAAUAAUCCGGAAUUCUCGGUGGAGGAACAAUGGCAAGAGUUCGAGGAGUUUUUGAAAUGGAAGAAGUUGCGAGAGGCGCGCGAGGACAAUCCGCGAGAAAUCAAAUACGAAAAGUACAAUCACGAAAAUCAUGACAUGUACAAACCUGAGAAAGAUCGACAAAUCCGUGCAAAUAGCGAUGGCCCACCGCCGAUCGACCAAGCAGCUUUAAUGGCAAGAUACAUCGUCAAUCAGGCUGACUGGGUACCCGUAUCGACAAUAAGCACAAGGAAAGACAUCCAAUCAUUCCCAGCUGUAACUUUAGUGUCUCACGCGGACGGAAUUCUAGGAAAUGGAACUGGAAUUCCGUACUUGUAUCUUACUCCCUUGGACUUCACGGCACAAGAUCUUGCAAAAGAUAAUCGGGCGUCAGUGUUAUUGACUUUGGCUCAAGGGGAUUAUUGCAAAUCGAAAAAGUGGGAUCCCAUGGAUCCUCGAUGCGCCAGAGUUCUCAUGAGUGGCAGAAUUGUACCAUUGAAGAAUGAUAGCGCGGAACUCGAUUUAGCCAAAAAGGUAUUCUUCGAACGCCACCCAGGACUAGUUGGCAUGCCAGCAGAUCAUCACUUCUAUUUCGCUAAACUGAAGAUAAUGACGAUCGCAGUACUGGACACUUUCGGUGGACCGAAAUACGUCAGCGUGAAGGAUUAUUUGCAUCCACCAAUCGCCAACAUUACCGAAGAAUUUAACAGACGCUUUCCUAGAGACUCUUACGAAGGCCGAUCUCAAGACUAUAAUUCUAAUAUGUUGAAUCCUGUUGUACGCAGUAUAUAAGUUCAACUUUAAAAAAUUGUAAAUUGUAUUUCUUAUUUAGAUAACUAAUGUGAUCGCAUAAUGAAUGAGAUAAAUGAAUUCAUAAAUUGGAA